CGGAGCGCCACUUCCUGCUCAAUUGCUUGACUGCUUCGUUCUCUUUGCUUGGGUCGCUAGAUAUGGCUUCGAAGAAUAACAGACGACUGGCUAAAGAACUGACGGAAAUUAAGUCUCAGGGCUGUCCAGUUGGCAUCGAAAUACUGCAGGCAGAUGACCUCGAGACUUGGAUAUUCACGAUAGAGGUACUCGGCGAGAGUCAGUACAAGAGCGAGAGGUUUGCGCUCAAAUUCCGCUUCGACGGAAGCUACCCAUUCUCUGCUCCUGCUGUUCAGUUUGUGUCAGACAACAAAUGGAAACCUCCGAUUCAUCCUCACGUUUAUACCAACGGACAUAUUUGUGCCUCCAUUUUGGGAAACGAAUGGUCUCCAGUCCUCAGUGUUAUAGCAGUAUGUGUGACGAUGCAGAGUAUGCUCGCUUCUUGCAGAAAGAAGGAGCUGCCACCAGACAACGACAGAUACGUCCGUACCGCUCCGGAUAACCCGAAGAAGACAACUUUUGUAUAUCACGAUGACGACGUUUAACCCUGUGAAGUUAUUGGAACGAUUCAUGGCACUACUACCGAAGAUCAUUCCUAUACCACCGCAUCCUCUUGUUGUAUUAUCACACCUUGCUUUCGUGGUGCUCACAAUGUUUUGUAACUUAUUCACUUUGCUGCGUGCCCAUCG